AUGAAUUUAAUACUGAUAAAUGGCUAUGCACCUACAGAAGACAAGCAACAAGACGAGAAGGAAGCUUUUUAUGAAGACCUGAACACAAUAUUCGAAUCAAUUGCCAAAAGCCAACUGAAGAUUAUCCUUGGAGAUUUCAACGCUAAAAUAGGGAAAGAAGAAAUGUAUAGACCAACAAUAGGAAAAGAAAGCCUCCAUACUCAUUCUAAUGGAAAUGGGAACCGACUAAUUAACUUUGCAAUCUCUAAAGGACUAAGGAUAAGUAGUUGUGUUUCCCACACAAAAACAUCCAUAAAGAAACAUGGGUCUCACCCGGAG